AUGCGCGAUUUGGAAAUUUCGAAUAAUAUGCCAACUUGUGGAGAUGAGGUACUGUAACGCAACGCAGACCGCGCCGCGCCACAACACACACACAAAAAAGGGAGGGAAUUUGAAUCGUUCUCUUAUUUGUGUUUUGUGGCGCGACGCGGUCUGCGUUGCGUGUGGAGCGCGUGGUACCGAUGAGAUUUUCGAUAAUAACUUCAAAGGUUACAGAUUCUUUCCUACGGUCCAAUAAUAGUGUUUCGCACCCAAAAACACCGUGAAAUUCCCGAAGACCGCUUAAAAAUGGAAAUUCUUUAUGGCUGGACUCCACUACUUUUAUCAACUGCAAAAUGUUUCACAAAACUACAGUGUUUUUUCAAAGAGCCAAUUUUCGCGCCAUUCAUCGAUAAAUUAAUUGUUGAGGGAAGUGAUGUGAUUUUGUAUACGAAAAGUUCGAAAAUUCGGAUUCUGGGCGAAAAAAAUGGAGAAAUUGAGAGAAAAGAGUGCGUUUUUUUUAAUACAGGGUUCCAAAAACUAAACAACAUUUUUUUUUGCAGAAUCAACGAAGAACCGGUGAUUUUCGAAGACUCGGUGGUCAAUAUUUUCAUGGCGGAUAUGAAGAAAUUCGGCGAAGCUGUUGAACUUCACGUAACUUCCAAAACUAUCAUUUAUAACGAGACUAUUCGAAAAGUUGGUUUUUUUCUUUGGAAAAUUGUUAUUUUCCAGAAAUUUUUCAAAACAAAAAUAUAAAAAAUUUGCAGAUUUCCAUCUCUCCUGGCUCGAAAUUGACCAUUUUCAACUAUUAG